AAGAAAGGAGUGACCCGGAAAUGGCCAGUGAGGAAUUCCUCAUUAUAUUUGAUAACCCAACAAGGUGUUACUAUCCAGGACAAAAUGUGUCUGGACACAUACUCAUUUCUACUCCCACAGAGAUUAAGGCUAAGGGUCUACAAAUACAAUUUUAUGGGAGGGCAGCAACACAUUGGUCGGAAACACGCUAUGAAACACACAGCAUCCAAACGGAACAUGGAUACGAGACGCGUACAGUUUCGUACACUGAGCACUUCCGGUCGAACGAAAAUUACUUUUGUUACGAAAUGCAUCACCUCCGAGAUGGAAGUGACCAAGCUCACAGUAUCACUGGCAGGAAUAUGUACCCAUUCAAUUUUCUACUGCCUCCAGGGGGUAUUCCGUGCAGCUACGCGGGGGCUCACGGGGAAAUUGAGUACGGGAUAAUGGCCACCAUCAGGACGCCCUGGUACAAUUUCAAUAAAGAGGUGGAAGCUAGGAUCAACGUGUUGGUCAUUGUGGACCUCAACCUAUUCCCACCUCGUCUGGUCAUGCCCGUCGAACGCACAGCUUCAAAACAUUACUGCUGCCUUUGCUGUGCGAGUGGGCCGGUGGGGCUCACGGUUCGUCUACCAAAGACGGGGUUUGCCCAAGGUGAAGUUGUCCCCCUCAUUGUCGAUAUGUUCAACGACAGUGGACGACCAAUUAAUGGGAUCACAGUCUGCAUAACUGAGGAAUCAAGGUUUCAUGCUGAGGGAAACAGAAGAACAUCAACCCGAUCACUUAGUCAAUUCGAAGGUCCAGGUGUCGAUCCCCAUGGCACAGAUACCUGGAACCCAGUUUUCCGCAUUCCACAACUGGCUCCAACAGGGCUUGGAGGAUGCAGACUCAUUGACCUGGAAUAUUAUCUUCAUUUCGAGUUGCUGCUCUCGGGAAUUUCGUAUAAUCUGGAAAUGUCGAUUCCAAUAGUAAUUGGAUCUAUUCCAAUUCAGAUCCCACCUCCAAACCAGGCUGGGUUCAAUUCUUACUCAUCUACGAAUACAAAUUAUCAACCACACAUUCCUACGAACGUGUCGUAA